AUGGAUCAGUAUCCACGAGAAUUCGACAGUAAUAGAACAUGCAAUGAGUUACUACAUUCACGAAAAGCCAAACUGAACGUGAGAAUAUCGCUGAAUCCAGAUUGUUUAUCAGAUGAACAUUUGCUUCAUACGAAACUGAGGCGGUGUUCAAUCAUGUCGCAAGCGUCAGAAUCGCCGCUUGAGACAAUGUAUCGUCGUCGUCCGUCGUUCAGACGUCCACCUAUUCGUGACGUGCAUUCUCCUCGUCUGACUGAAGAUGAGGCUGAUCUUCUGACUAGCCCAUUUUUGAACUACAGUACUGGCUACACCUAUGCAUUUAGCCAGUCUUAUAAUCCUGACAAACCACCAGCUUGGGAAGUUCCCAACAUUAACAACAACCUUCUCCACAUCACUAAUCAAGAAAACGUUGACUAUGCAGCACCUAGCAUCAUGCGAAGUUUAGGCCAAGCUGGGUAUAACGCUUUUCGGACAUUUUUCAACGUUGUACUUUGGGUGUUAUACACAAUCACUGUACGCCCCGUCAAAUCCGUCGGAUUUUUACUUUACGAUACUGUUGUGGCAGUAGUGUAUCUCACUCGUUGUCUUGGAGAGUCCAUUACGGGCUUUUUGUACUCAAAAAUUGAAGAACGUCGACGUCCCUUCCGCCGUCGCAGUUUCUUCGACCUCGUUAUCGUGACCUUCUUCAAACUAGUCUAUGGCAUCGCUAGUGUUAUCCGUUAUCCAGUAGAUCUCAUCUGCAGUGGUUUUCGUGCGAUUAAUCUUGCACUUACCCGAAAAUACUAUGAGCUUUUGGCGGCAAAUGGUAGGCGGUUGAAUAAUCAGGCAAUGAUAGAGAGAAUGAGGAAAAUGAACAAGGAAACUGCUGAAUGCAACCAUUGGAUGAUGUUGAGGAAAGCAGAGCAGGAAUCAGCGCAACGGUAUGAAUGGAAUGGAGACAGAUUCGAUCCUAAUGAUCCAAAUGAUCCUGACAAGAGAUUUUACAAUCUUCGCUCACGUACUAUCACUGCCUUGGAUACGGACUCUGAAGAUGAUGAAGUCCCGAGAAGACGGAAGACAGUUCGUUUUGAUACAGUAUCCAACGAAAUACUCUAUGAUAAUCCCGAGUAUCGCAGGAUGUCAAUGGCUUAUCGCAUUGCUACGUGGCUUGGAUCGACCGCUUCCUCAGUUGUGUACUACUUGUUGUAUGCGGCUCACUUUGCUGUUCUUUGUAUCAUGAAGCCUUACUAUUUUUUGGUCGGAAUGAGCGAUAGUUCUUACACUACGCCUUCAAACUCAAGAGAAGAGGUGGUUCUUGUUGGUCGUCAUCCGUACAGAAGAAUGUCUGGUGGUGCUGAUUAUGAUGGGUUCGAUUAUGACCUAUAUCCGGAAGCUGAACCAUCACCACUUGUGUCACGUUUCACUUCAUUCUGUUCUACUGUGCUAUACGCCCCUUGCCGUGCUUUUCUUUUCGUCGCUUUUGCGGUUGUAGAUUUGUUCCGUUGGUUGCAGUCAAGGGUAAUCAGGUCUUUUGGAUGGGCUGGAAAGAACUCAAAGAAUAUCAUUGAAGCGUUAUACAACAGGCGUCGACGUUGGAUCUGGUGGUUGUUACCACUCUUUCUGCUGUUGUUUGUAUUGCUGUCUCGUCGGGAUGGUGAUAGUCCUUUGAUCAUUCUUGGGCAUCGUGUGUCUGAUAUGCAGGAGAAAAUCUCAGACUACGCAUACAACGUAAUUGAUUCUGAAGGAAUUUAUGCGAAGUCCCUCAACUCAAUCUAUGAUGAGUACUGGCUCAAUGGAAAAUUUGCGAAGUAUGAUUUGUUGACAAGAAUCUCUUCCGCAGUUUCCAAUGCAUGGCUUUUUAUUGUUACGAUAACAAAGACCGCUUAUGAUCUUUGUGCAACCAUAGUGAGUGAUGUGACUUCGUACGUCCUGGAUUUUCUAGCGACAACGUGUCAUAUGGGCUACUCUAAAUUGCCAUCGAUGCCUUCAUUUGCAAUGCCAACUGUGGGAAAACCCAACUGGUCAACAAUCUACAGCGUGUCGCCCUCACAGCUUGUUAACUACUUUCCUAGUGGCCCUAAUAUGUCAUCGCUGAAGUCAUCUGCUGUCGGUUUUGUUUCAAACGCAGAGAAGUUUUUCUACAACCUUUUGUGGAACAUCAGAGCUGCCGGAGAAUUGGCCGUCUCUUGCGUACAUCAAUUAUUUCUGAUGGCAUACUAUAUCAUAACAUACCCUUUUCAUAGAUUGUAUGAUGGUGUUCCUGAGAUAUCGUUGUGGAAAUCAUCCACGCUCUCUGCCGGCAGCACUGUUGAGCAGUGCUUCUAUAAUUACUUGGCUGCGGUCACUGAUGUUGGUAAUAUGGUAGUGAAUAACGUGCUUGGGUGGCUUCAUUUCCUGUGGAAAGGAGUCUCAGGGCUUAUUCUACUGCUUUUUUACCCCUUACAGCGGCUCCAAGUUGCAGUGCUGGAGAACUCUGCCGAAAUAAAGGGAAGUACUCGAGAUGUUAUUAUUCCACGCGAUGAAACGAAAGAGAAAACAAGCGUUGUUCACAUACCGUCACCGACAACGGCCAUCGACGAGAAGAAACUUAUUGAAAAGAUUACUGCUAUUGUGGAUGCGAGGAUGGAUCAUGAUCUGAAGUUGAAAUUGGAGACAGAGUUGAGUAUGCUGAAAGCAUCGUAUGAGGAAAAGAUUUCAUCGCUGAAGGCAGAGAAGAAUCUCAUGGACAUUGAUUAUUCUCAUCUGGAAUCGUUAAUCCGUGCUGCAAUUUCCGAGUAUGACAGCGACAAAACGGGAAUGUUCGAUUUUGCGCUGGAAAGCGCUGGCGCCUCAAUUAUUUCGACCCGCUGCUCUGAAAACUACAAUACGUACUCCCGUCUUGAGAAGAUUUGGAACAUUCCUUUGUGGUACUCCAGUUAUGGACCAAGAACUGUGAUACAGCGCAAUUCGAAAACUUUGUUUCCUGGAGAGUGUUGGUCGUUUAAAGGGCCCGUCGGUUACAUCACAAUAGGACUGUCGCAUCCGAUCAAUAUGACUAUUUUCAGCUAUGAGCAUAUUGGUGCUCAUCAAGCUCCCGGUGGUCUCCGCCCAAGUUGUCCGAGAACGUUCAAGAUUUGGGCGUACAAGUCAGAAGCAGAUAUGGAUACUAGAGUCCUUCUGGGUGACUUCAUAUACGACAUUAAAGGCACUCCACUACAGUUCUUCGUUGUUAAGACCCAGCCAGACUACCCGGUUAAAAUUAUCGAGAUGGAAGUCACGAGCAACUAUGGUGCCGAGUACACAUCGCUGUACCGUGUGCGCGUACAUGGGUCAUUGUACAAGCCUGGAACUGAUUGA